UGGGAUUCAGGACGAUGACGUGUUUUUGAUGCGACGGAAGAGUUGUUUGUAGUACAGUUCGCAUUUAUUACAUAUCCUGCACAGAACACCCUGAAGUCAAACUCACAGAUCUUAAUCAAGGGGUGAAUUAUGCACGGGCGUGUGAAGAUAAAGUCAACAGCGCAGCAGGAGGAGGAGAAGAGGAAAGAGCGAGAGAAGAAGCUGAAGGCGUUUGUGUGCGCUCGCGAUGCCGUCCUGAAGAAGAGGAGCGCGGGGGAGCAGGACGAGGAGGCUCUACACCUGACUCAGCUGCUGCUGUCCUCUAACCCCGACAUCGCCACCCUGUGGAACUACAGGAGAGAAGUGCUGCUGCACCUGGAGACGCUACGAGAGGCGGAUGCGGUGCAGAAGCUGUACGAGUCUGAGCUGCUCUUCAUCGAGGCCUGUCUGAAAGUCAACCCCAAGUCUUACGGCUGCUGGCACCACCGCACCUGGGUGAACACGCGCCUGCCCCGGCCCGACUGGACCCGGGAGCUCGGCCUCUGCGACCGCUGCCUCGGCCUGGACGAGCGCAACUUCCACUGCUGGGAUUACCGCCGCACGGUGGUCAAGGAGUCCGGUGUUUCUGUCGAGCAGGAGCUGCAGUUUACGGACCGCCUGAUUGGCUCCAAUUUCUCCAACUACUCCAGCUGGCAUUACCGGAGCACGCUGUUGCCUCGGCUCCGCCCCCAGCCUGCCGCUGACUCCGCCCCCUGCACAAGUCCCGCCCCCAGCACAGCCUCUCCUCAGGGUCACUCACACCGAGUCUGUGAGGAGCAGCUUCUGAAAGAAUACGAGCUGGCCCAUAAUGCCUUCUUCACCGACCCCAACGAUCAGAGCGCCUGGUUCUACUACCGCUGGCUGCUGGGCCGAGCGGAGCGAGAGGAGAUGAUCAGCUGUGUGUAUGUCAGCCGGGAGGGCGAGAGGGUGUCCGUGGCCUUCUCCAAACCUGUUCAUGCGCUGUCAGUGGGUCUGAUGCUGCUGUUGGACGGCCAGCCUCAGCCGGUGGAGUGGAGGUGCGCCCAUCCGCGUUUCCGUCACAGUCCUGUCUGGCUGUGUGAUCUUCCUCCCGGCUCCAUCAGUGACACGAGUAAUGAACACAACCUGACCAUCCACUGGACAGAGAAACACACACACAGAGACUGCGCUCUCUACACAGGCUGUGCUGAAAGCUGGUGCAGAGACUCUGCUACUGACCAGGAACUCUUCAGGAGUGAGCUGUCGGUUGAGAAGAGUUCAGUGCUACAGGCCGAGCUUCAGUCCUGCAAUCAGCUGCUGGAGCUCGAGCCUCAGAACAAAUGGUGUCUGCUGACCAUCAUCCUCCUCAUGAGAGCUCUGGAUCCUCUCGGCCAUGAGAAAGAGACGCUGGCACAUUUCCAAUCCCUCAAAGAAGUGGACCCCAUGCGCUCUUCCUACUACAGUGAUCUGUGCAGCAAGUUUCUGAUUGAAAACACCAUCUUGAAAAUGGAGUACGCCGAGGUGCGCGUCUUCAGCCUGUCCAAUAAGAACCUGACGACCCUGUGUCACCUCGAUCAGCUUCUCCUGGUGACCCACAUCAACCUCUCCUCCAAUCAGCUUGUGCGGCUGCCGCCUCAGUUUGCCAUGUUGCAGUGCCUCGAGGUGCUGGAGGCCGAUGAUAACGCCAUUGAAAGUCUGGAGGGGCUGUAUCAUCUGCCUAAACUGGAGGAGGUUUCUCUGAAGAACAAUCAGAUCUGUAAACUGUCUGAUCUUGAGUCUUUGGUGUCCUGCACGAAACUGACCAGACUGGAUCUGCGUGGAAACCCGGUCCACAAAACGGCCAACAUCGAGUCUGAGCUCAGCCAGCUUUUGCCAUUGGUUACUGACCUGUCUCUUUGAUGUGUGUGUGUGUGUGUGUGUCACAUGUACUGCUUUAGAUACUAAAACGAGCUCACUAACCACUUCUAAACCUGUACCUCGUGUGCUGAACCUGAUCAGACGGACAGUGAUGGUUCAGCCAUUUGUUAGGCCGUGUGUACGUAUAUUUUGAUGAACGUUCAUGCUGCUCUUUUCCAUACAGUAACAGUCCUAAUUUAAUUCACAAAAAUUACGUUUAGACAGACGUGAGAGAAUUUUUGUAAAAAGUUAGGUGAACUGUGCCUUUAAAAACAGUCAUUAUCCUGUGUCUGUGUGUGUCUGUGUGUGUGUGUGUGUGUGUGUGUGUGAUAAAGGACGGUUCUCAUUUCAAAUGAAGUUUGAGCACUAUGAACACCUGCAUGCUAAUGGAGAAAAGUGUUUCACUGUUAACCCUUCAAGUUCUGGAGGUCCUGUUUGUUCUAGCGAUGUAUCGGUGAAGAAAAGCCAUCUGUGGUGUGAGUAUUCACGCCAAUAAAGACACCCGUUUCUUCUUCCCCA